AAUUGUUUGGCAUUUAAUGAAUGUUUGAAUUGUUUUGAAUCAAAACUGAUUAUUGGACUCAAUGUGAAGACAUUACCGCCGAAGAUGUCGACGGAUAACGAGAUAUCAACUCAUUAUUCAGUACUUAAUUGCGAUGAAAAGGCGUCUAAAGAAGAGAUCAGAAGACAGUACAAGAAGUUGGCUCUUAUGACACAUCCCGACAAAUGCGAGGCCAAGACUUCGUCCGAAGACUUUCAUCGCAUCGAUAAAGCCGUCAAAGUAUUGGACAACGACUUGAGUCGUCGUCAAUACGACUCUCAACUCAUCGAUGUUUAUGAAUAUUCGUGUCGUUGCGGCGGAUCUUAUUUGGUCUCAAAUGAAGAUAUGGUCUCUUAUAGGAAACAAUUG